AUGGAUUCAGGGGGGUAUUAUACUGACCUCCUAGUGAAUGGUGUUGAACAAUCUCAAGAACUCACACCUCCUAUUGAUCCCACACCUCCUAGUAAUACAACCAUCCAUCAUAAUCGUGCAACAGCCAAGAUUUCUCAGGGUAGAAGCAAAAAUUUUAGAGAGGAGGAGGGCAUACUCCUAAUGUCAGCUUGGCUGAAUGUGGGCAUGGAUCCUAUUCAAGGAGUUGAUCAAACACAUGGCACAUUAUGGACAAGAAUACAUGACUAUUUCCAUGCAAACAGGACGUUCGAGUCCAGUCGUUCAGAAGGUUCUUUAUCGAAUCGUUGGUCCGGUAUACAACAUGAUGUGAAUCUGUUUUGUGGAUGUCUGUCCAGGAUUGAGGCUAGGAACCACAGUGGUUGGACAAUUGAUGACAAGAUAGCAAAUGCAUGUGCAAUGUGGACGGCUGAAGACGUGAAAGGGAGGAAGUUUGUUUACUUGCAUUGCUGGAAAAUCCUGAAGGACAAGCCCAAGUGGACGGAAAGGCGGAAGGAAAUUGGCUGUACCAAAAAAACAAGCAAUAAGAAACAGAAGAUCGUGGCAAAUUUUUCUCCCGCAUCAGUUGUAUCUACAACUGCUGUUGGUGGUGCCCCUCUUGCUGGUGGUGCUGAAGCUGAACCAUCAGCAAGACCUGACGGCAAGAAGAAGGAGAAACAGAAGCUACGACAACGUUCGACCAUCGAAGCAGUGGACUAUCUAAUGGCAAAAAAGAAAGAAGCUGACCUUGAGAAAGAAUUGAAGAAAGAAGAGAGGUGCAACAAAGUCUUUGCUUUCCAAGAAGAAAGGAUCAAAUUGGGGAAAGAAAAGUUUGAGUUCGAAAGAGACCUGGAAGAGGAGAGAAUUCUUGGUUUGGAUUUGAGCACAAUGAACUACAAACAACAACAAUAUUAUGAAGUGCGUCAGAAUGAGAUUCUUGCAAGACGUUGCAAUAUCUAG